AUGGAGGAGGCGUCGACAUCGCCGCACGCGCAGACCGUUUACGAUGAGACAAUCCUCAUCAACGAGGUGCGGCAAGAGGACGAGGAGUUGCUGCUGGGACGCGAGCGCGGCUACCGCAUCGAGAAGGUCAUUGGCCGGGGCAGCUUCGGGGCAGCCUACCUGGCACGUGACGAGCAGCAGUUGCAGCGAGUCAUCAAGGCGGUGGAGGUUCACCGGGCCAAGGCGCCGCAGUCGGCACGCACAGAGGUGGCGGUCAUGAAGUGCCUGAAGCAUCCCCACAUUAUCCGUUUCCGAGACAGCUUCGCCGAGAAGGACCUUCUUUGCAUCGUCAUGGACUUCGCGCCCGCUGGGGACCUGCUGCUUCGCGUGGACACAGCCCGGCGGACGUCCAAGAUGAUUGCAGAGGAGCGGACCUUGCAAUGGUUCCUUCAGGCCGUUGCCGGGGUGAAGUACAUGCACAGUCUCUGCAUCAUCCAUCGGGACAUCAAGAACGAGAACCUCUUCCUCGAGUCCGAAGAGCACCUCCGGAUUGGAGAUUUCGGUCUCGCCAGAAGGCUCAAACGUGCUACGGAAAUUUUCGUGGAGCAGCAGAUUGUGGGUACGCCUCUCUACUUGAGCCCAGAGGUCUGCGCCAAGGGCAUGUACUCUACCGCUAGCGACGUUUGGGCGCUGGGCUGCUCCCUCUUUGAGCUCUGCUCUUUCAGCUUGCCCUUUGAGGCAGCCAACCUGCCGAGCCUGCUGGUGAAGAUCACGGGCAUGACGGUACCACCACGACCCUCUGGACACUGCUCCCCGGAGCUGGCCGACAUCUGUGUUUGGCUGCUUACGAAGAGCCGUCAGGCCCGCCCGACCGCUGUCGAGGUUUUCCAACAUCCCUUCCUUCGGGGCGUCGCCGACCAGGCACUCCGCCGGCGUCCAAAGGCAGUGGAGGCCGUGGAAGUUGCGCCAGCUCUUGAACCGGAAGAUACCCCAGGCGGCUAUCCCAGUCGCACGGAGGAAGGUGCACCGAGGAAAGCUCGAGUGGCUUUCGGUGCCCCAGGCGAUCCUCAGGAAGCGGUGCCUGCGGCAGCCGAAGUUUGCUAUGAGCGGCACUUGGCACUCUCGCAGUCCCUCGGUGGUGCAGCCGGCACUCCGCAGCACUGGCUGCGAAGCUUACGGAGAUCCAAGGUGAAACCUCUGGAUGCUGCGGAUGUCGUGGAGGAGCCUGAGGAAGCUCUGGCAGACAGGAACGAGCCUGGCGUCUCUCCAUGUGCUGGUGCUGCCGGCUCUCCUCACCAGUGGCUUCGUAAGUCGAGAUCCGACAAGGCCAAGCUUCCGAGCGCAGCGCCAGAAGACGAAUCGCCAGAGAGUCAAAUAACCUUGCGUUUGGCACCCGAAGUCGCGGACGGCGAGGACAACACCUGCGCCAUUCUUCAGGCAGAGGCUGCCGCCGAGAGCACACGCUCUGGCAAGACAAAACGUGCAAAGAAGCGAGAUGUUGCAGCAAUUCAGCAGAUUGAUGGUGACGAUAACCUCCACAUCGUGGAGCUGGAUUUGCUGGCUUUGGGGAAAGCUCUCGCAACUGCCCUGUUCAACGAUGGCAAGCAAAUCCUCUUCUGCAUUGGAGACGAGGACGGCGAGCAGGUGGCAAGCUUGCCUCUGGAGGAGCUGAGCGAUGUCAAGGCCUUGAAGCAGCGACUGCAUCAUUGUCACGGCUUGCCCACGCGCUUCCGACAAAGACUCCUCCUUGACGGCCGCACACUUCCAGACGACUUCAAGCUGGACGCCCCUCUGGACCUUGAGCUCCUUCUGCUGAGCUUCCGCGAGGUUUCAGAAGAGCAAGUUCAAGCACUCCUGGCAGCGUGCGAGAAGGGCUCGAUUGCUCAGGUCGAGUCCAUGCUGCAGCUACCUCAAGAUCCAGACCUGGGAGACGCUACAGGCCUCAGGCCACUGCUGAAAGCUGCCGAUCGGAAUCGCUUUGAAGUUGCACAGUUGCUCCUGGAAGCUGGUGCAGACCCGAACGCAGGCAACAAAAUUCGCAUCACCGCGCUGAUUAUCGCAGCAAGCCGGGGUUUCCUGGACCUGGUCCGGUUGCUUCUGGAGAAAGGCGCUGACCCUGAAGUGGGUCAGAAUCACGACAGCACGCCUUUGCUGACAGCUGCAGCUCAAGGCCAAGAAGUCUCCAUGCGUAUCUUGCUGGAGGCUGGGGCCAACAAGGAUCGACAAAACUAUGACGGGUUCACCGCUCUGAUCAUCGCAGCUCGACUCGGGUACCUCGAGGUUGUGCAGCUGCUGCUGGACUGGGGUUGCAACGUGGAUCUGGCCACGCAGGAUGACAUCUCGCCGCUCAUUGGAGCGUCCCAUAGCGGCUGCACUGAGAUCGUCAAGCUGCUAUUAGAGGCUGGAUGCAACAAGGAAGCGAGGAAUCGAGACGGCAACACGGCGCUCAUGAUGGCAGCUAUGCACGGCCAUGGAAAAGUUCUGCAUGAACUUUUAGAGGCUGGCUGUGACAUAGAUGUGGUGAACAAGGACGGCAAAACGGCAAGGAUGCUGGCAGAUAUCGGUAGCCACGACCACUGCCGCUUCAAGCUGACCGUUCAUCAGCGCUGGCUUGACGGUGACGUCUUCUGA